AUGACCUGUCGCAUCCUCCUCCUCGCCGCGCCGUGCCCCGACGCGAAAUUACGAAUUGACCGACUGGCCCACCAAGCUGCACCCCAAAGCAGAACAGCGGUCCUUUUUCUCCUGGAAGGGCAGGAGUCCAUGUCCAUGUUCAUGGAGCUUCAAAUACAUAUGCUACAACACAAUUGCACAGCUGCCAUACCAUUAUCCAGCCCCAGCCAGCUCGCUACGACCUUGGAAUGCUUACAAGGAUACUGUGGCACACCACGUUACGACCCCGUUCAGUAUGAUAAACGAGCGAUCCAACAAGAGAUUGCGCGCCAGUGUGUGCGAGGAUUUCCUCUGUCCAAGAAGCAGGCUGAGGUGGUGGUGAAUUCCUCGGCCGGAUUAGCAAAUUUGGCUCGAAUGGCGGAAAGUGCCCAAGGACAAGCUAGGCUAUGUGAAGCUCUUGGGGCGGUCGACGGCGGUCGGGUGUCAUCCUACUUCCAAUGUGGCCCACAGCCUCUGUAG